AUGGCCAGCAAGGAAACCCACAGCUCCGGCGCGCCCAUACAGCCGACGCCCAAAAGCACAAGGGUCGACCCCCAGGUCAACUCGGACCUGGAGUUGGGGAGCUUGCCCAAUGGCAACGGCAGUGGGAAUGGCAAGGCCGAUGGCGAGGUGGACACGGACAUAAUGCAGAUCGCGAGGAUCGGCGACAUACCGGCCAUGGAGGCGCUGUUCGAGACAAAAGAAUACGAUGCCACCUAUGCGGAUGAUGAGGGUAUCACUGCACUACAUUGGGCCGCGAUCAACAAUCAGUACGCCAUGUGCAAGUUCCUCAUCGACCGAGGCGCCCCGAUGAACACGAAAGGGGGGGAAUCGGUCGCAACGCCGCUGCAGUGGGCGGCCCAGCGCUGCCACUACUACACCGUCCACCUGCUCCUGCAGCACGGCGCCGACCCCUUGGUCACCGACGCGCAGGGUUACAACACGUUGCACAUAAGCACGUUCAACGGCAACGUCCUGCUGCUCACCCUCCUCCUGCACACCGGCAUCCCCGUCGACGUCCUCGACAGCUACGGGCACACGGGGCUCAUGUGGGCCGCCUACAAGGGCUUCCCGGCCUGCGUCGACCUCUACCUGCGCUGGGGCGCCAACGUCCACGCCAGGGACGAGCAAGGCUUCACCGCGCUGCACUGGGCCCUGGUCAAGGGGAGCCCCGGCUGCGUGCAGAAGCUCAUCGAGUACGGCGCCGACCGCUUCGCCAAGACCGGCACGGGCAAGACCCCGGCCAUCACGGCCGAGGAGCUUAAGACGCUCCCCGCGUGGCACAAGGCCCUCAAGGAGUGCGGCUACGACGAGGACGGCCACCUGAUCACGCCGAGCUUCCCGGGGGCCAGCUACCUGGUCAAGGACAGGAGGGGGUUCGUCACCAAGUUCACCUUCCUGUUUCCCUUGUUGAUCGUGUGGAGCAUGGUGGGCAUCAUGGCCGGCUUCCCGGUCUUCGCCGGGGUGCCUAUAGCCCUGGCCGUUGGGUAUGUGUUGCAGGAGGUCGCGAAACGGGUCCUGACUUUUGCGCCGCCGGACAUGCGCCAGUUCCAGCGGACGCCCUGGAUGGCGGGCAUCUUCUCUGCGUCUCUGUUCCUGGUGUCCCUGAGAUGGUUCCUCACAGUCUUGCCCGCCACGACAUUCCGAGCCGACGCUGAACACCGUCACCUCCUGAUGAACCUGUGUCUGGCCGGUUUCAUUGGGCUUUGCGCGUGGUUCUACUACUGCUGCAUGGUCUUCGACCCUGGUUUUGUGCCCAAGAUGAACGGCAUCGCCGAGCAGAAAGCCGUCAUCGACGAACUGAUAGGUCUCUGGAAGUACGACGAUGCGAACUUCUGUGUGCAGUGCAUGAUCCGGACGCCCCUGAGGAGCAAGCACUGUCGGCGGUGUCAGCGAUGCGUGGCGCGACAUGACCACCACUGCCCGUGGGUCUACAACUGUGUAGGCGUCAACAAUCACCGGCACUUCUUCCUCUACCUCAUCAACCUGACCCUGGCCAUCUUCAUGCUGGAUGGCAUUCUUUACUACUACUACACAGCUUCCAUGGCUUCUGCAUCCGACCAGUGCAACAUUUUCGGGCCCACGAUUUGCCAGAUCAUCAACACCGACACGUACACCGUCCUACUCGGCUUCUGGGCUAACCUACAACUCACUUGGGUUGGCAUGCUUCUCUUCGUGCAGUUCAUACAGGUCGCCAGGGCGAUGACCACAUAUGAGAACAUGUUUGGCGUCAAUCAUGUUGCAGCGAGCUCCCUCACAUCUGCCUUCACCUCGACCGGUGCGCCUCUCGAUCCGACCCACCCCGACGCGAUGCCGCCGUCCGGGGCCGCGGCGCAGUCAGAAGCAGCCGGCCACGGCCACCACGGCCACAAGCACGGCGGGGGCAGCUUCUUCAAGAGCAUGAGCAAACUCCUGGGCGUGGACGCCUUCGUCGAGACGGCCACGGGCCGGGGUGCGGCGGCGGGCGGCAAGAACAAGAGGCGCAAGGGCAAGAAUCCUUACAGCAGGGGGUGUAUCACGAACUGCAAGGACUUCUGGUGUGACUCGGCGCCGAUGUUUGGGCAGCGCGAGAGCGGCACCGCAAUGCUGAGCGGGGAGGUCGUCAACUACGCCGCCAUGUACGAGACGCCGAGCCUCAUGCAGAUGAUUGGCAGGCGGAGAGGCGCGUACGAGGCCGUGGCGGGCGAGGAGAAGGAAGCCGAGGCGCCACCGCCCAUCACGACCUCCACGGUCGUAUUAUUACUCGUCCUCUACACCCUCCUCUACGUGGUCCCCUUCUACCUCUCCCCAAAGACCCGGCCCUCGCCCACGCUGAGCCGCGACGCGCCGCACGUCGUCCGCGCGCGCAUCGCCUCCGUCACGCUCACCUGCGCCGCCGCCUCGCUCACCACCCUCGCCGUCCUCACGCGGGUCGGCGGGCACGGCCUCGGCGCCGCGCUGCACGCCCUGGGCUACUGGCCGUUGGGGCUGGCUGAGGCCCUGAGGGCCCUGCUGUUGACGGCGCUGCUGUUCCUCGGCCCGCUGUUCGAGUCGCUCGUCGUCGAGGGGGGAUGGAGGGACUGGGCUACGCUCGAGCCUGUCAAGGAGGUCCUGCGGGAGAUGACUGCGUGGAGGAACAUCGUCGCUGGCCCCUUAACCGAGGAAGUCCUCUUCCGCUCCGCCUCGGUGCCCCUGAUGGUCCUGGCGCGCACCCCUCUCGCCCGCACAAUCUUCGCCUCCCCGCUCGUCUUCGGCCUCGCGCACGUCCACCACCUGUACGAGUUCCGCGUCACGCACCCGGGCGUGCCCCUCGCCGCGGCGCUGCUGCGCUCCGUCUUCCAGCUCGGCUACACGACCCUCUUCGGCGCCUACGCCACCUUCGUCUUCCUGCGCUCGGGGAGCCUGCUCGCCGUGUUUGGCGUGCAUGUGCUGUGCAACUGCAUGGGGCUGCCGCGCGUCUGGGGAAGGGUCGAGGGCGUGGACCGCGCGCGCGGCGGGGAGGCGGUCGCCCUCUCGCGGGGGUGGUCUGUUGCGUAUUACGUGCUGCUGGUUGUUGGGGCCGUGGCGUGGUGGCGGCAGCUGUGGGCUUUGACUGAGAGUGGGAGUGCUCUGGUCGCCAUGUGA